CUUCCGGCGACGGAUUGUUGACGCCCGCUGCUGCUGUGGUGGCGACCGAGCGGUUGGGGAGGGGCUGACGAGAGCAGGCGACGGCGCAGUGACAGGCGGCGCGGAGGGUGCCUCCGGGGCAACGAUGGCAGAGGGGCCCGAGGAAGCCCGGAGCCGCCCUCCCGGGCAGGACGGCGGUGGCGAGGACCACGAGCCGGUCCCUUCCGGACCAAGCUCUCCGUCCUCCUCCUCCUCCUCCUCCGCCGCCGCCCCCCGGCCCCCGGCUCUCACGACCGUCGCCGCGGCGGUCCCCGAGCCGGAGCCGCAGUGCGAGCUCCGGAAGCGCCGGGAGACGGGCGCAGAGCCUCAGGAGCCGGGGGGCUGCGAGGCGUCGGACGGGCCGGGGCGGCUGAGCGCGCGCGAGUACUCGCGGCAGGUGCACGAAUGGCUGUGGCAAUCCUACUGCGGCUACCUCACCUGGCACAGCGGCCUGGCCGCCCUCCCCGCCUACUGCGGCCCGCCUCCCGCCGCCCCUCAGCCCGCAGCCCCACCGCCGCCCCCGCCGCCGCCGCAGCUCGCUUACUACAACCCCUUCUACUUCCUAAGCGCUGCGGCGCCAGGGCCGGGGGCGGCCACGAGCGGCGGCGCCACCCCGACAGCCGUCGCGGGCCUGACGGCCCGGGCCCCGCACGUGCAGGCAUCUGCCCGGGCGGUCCCUGUGACCAGGGUGGGCUCUGCAGCCCCUGCACGGACGGCGAGCGACACCGGGCGGCAGGCAGGUAGAGAGUAUGUCAUUCCAUCCUUGGCCCACAGAUUUAUGGCAGAGAUGGUGGAUUUCUUUAUUCUCUUCUUUAUAAAAGCAACCAUUGUCCUGAGCAUCAUGCAUCUCAGUGGGAUAAAGGAAAUCUCUAAGUUUGCCAUGCACUAUAUAAUAGAAGAGAUUGAUGAAGACACAUCAAUGGAAGACCUGCAGAAAAUGAUGAUUGUGGCACUUAUAUACAGGUUGUUAGUUUGUUUCUAUGAGAUAAUUUGCAUUUGGGGAGCAGGGGGAGCUACCCCAGGGAAGUUCCUGCUAGGGCUUCGAGUUGUGACAUGUGACACAUCAGUACUCAUUGCUCCAAGUCGGGUUUUAGUGAUUCCUUCCUCAAAUGUUAGCAUCACAACGUCCACCAUUCGAGCUUUGAUCAAGAAUUUUUCUAUUGCUUCUUUUUUCCCUGCUUUCAUCACAUUGCUGUUUUUUCAGCAUAAUCGAACAGCCUAUGACAUUGUAGCAGGAACCAUUGUGGUAAAAAGAAAUGGGGUCAGAUGAUGCCCCAAAACCCUGAAUUCCACUCUUAGGAAUAAUGACAAGACUAAAUUAUGUAUCAAGGCCAACAUUAUCUCUGCGCUACAUUAACUGAUGAUUUAAAAAUUAAAGCAGUCACUCUGGUGUGAUGCAGGGGACUGUUCUGAAAGUGUUGACUGUACUUAAAUGUCAAGGAACUUUUCCGGAAGGAAAAACUAUUAAAUUCAAGUGUUAAAUAUUUAUAGGACAACAAAAGUUUCAUAAUCAAUAUAUAGGUAAAUACAUACUUUAACAUUUAAGAUAACCAAAAUUUGCUGGAAGCAUUUUCAGCUUUAAAUUCUCUAAAUCAAACUUUAAAUUUUGGCUUAUCCUAGCGUGAUUGAGAAAUAUCCAAUUGUGUUUUAUAAACACCUGCAGAACUCCCUCAACUCUUCUUACAGACCCUGCUGCUUAUGAGCAUUGAGAAAGAGCAUCAAUUCAAUAACCCACUUACUCCCUGGGAGAAGAGGGAACGUGAGGAAGACCUAGGAGUCCCUCAUCCCACACUUCCAGGAUAGUCUAGUUUGGUGUAGUAGUGGCGGGAUAUUUCAGUUUCUUACUGCUUAUGUAUUUGGAGGCAAGAUUUUCAUGAUGAUGAAAAUGUACUGAGUCAUAUAUCAUUGAUAUUUUAAAAAGGUAAGUUAGUGAUUGCGUUCGGGGGGGGGGGGUCAUUGUAAAUUCACAUACCCUAAAAUCCAACUAUAAAUAUGUGGGAGGAAUAUCCAUCGAACAUUCCCAGUGUGUGUUCUCCAGUGUUCUGAAUGUACCUGUAGAUUCUCUAUGUACAGCAAAUCCCUAAUGCACUGCUGUGUUCUCUACAGUGCCAUAACUGUAAAACAUCAGGUGUUAGAGUGUACUUUGUGACUAACUUAAAUACUAGCAGGUUCCCAUUAUGAACUGUUGUUUCAUCAUCUGUGGACUUUAGCUUCUUUGAGCUCUUCUUGGUUGUAGUAUCAUUGUACUUUGCUCUCUGUUGGAGAAACAAUUGGGUUUAUGUCUGUGUGCUUUUGUUAUGUCACAGUCAGCUAGCUGUACCAAAUGUUAGUUUAAAACUUUACUUCUUACUCAUUGUUGUAUAGGAUUUUCCCAAAAAACACUAAAUUGUAUUGCACAAGAGAGCAGUCUUUGUUCCUGGGUUUUAAACAGCAAGAGCAUGCCAUGUGUUAUUACAUCAAUCUUAAGUGAGCUUUUUUUUUUUUGACAUUUAAAACUGUGAAAAUGCAUUUAAUGUCUAGAUAACUUUUAAAUAUCUCCUAAUAGCUCAUUGUUCAUCAACCAUGGUUUCUUCUGGUAAAUAAUUUUAUUUAAAUAAAACUUCACAGGAAGCCUAUUAUUUGUCAAGAGCAGUACAUAGAGCAUGUACUUGUGGCUCUGGCAAGACUUUAAAAAGCUCUUCUUACUCCACACUACAAAUCAGGAAGCUGCUGCGAACGCCUGCCACUGACACAAUUCAAGUUGAAAUGCGCUUCACCCACACAGCUCUGGAGUACUGAUUAUUGUUUCUACUCCGAUUAUUGUAGUUUUCACUGAGGAUAUUUUUAUUUAUACAGUAAAAUAAGUAGUUAAAUUUGUUAUAAAUACUGCAGUUUGCUAGACAAGUUCUUUAGAUCCAGCUGUGGAUUCAAGCUGUGCCAUAUAGGAUGUAAUAAAGUAUUGCUUUGCCUCCACAAUAGAACCUCAAUCUGGUGUAAGGAGAAAGGGGAAUCUGGCACUUUUUUUCCUCAUAGGGUUAUGUAAUGGAGCAUGUGAGUGAAGAAUUUACAGAAAUACUAAUUUCCUGUGUCAAAGUGUAAUUCUCAUGCUGAAGCUGUAUCCUAAAAGGGCAAAAUGAAGUUGAGAAAUGAAGACAUUCUUCAUGAGCAUGCCCUAACCCGAAACAUCAGGACUGGAGUCUUGCUGCUGCAUUGCCAUUUAGUUUAAAUAGCCGGCACGUGAUUAAGGCACUGAGUCUCGGUACUCACCGCUGAGUGUGUUCUGAAGUAGGAUAUUCUACACUCUGGGUAACAGCACGACGAGCAGCCUUACUGAGUAUUCUUCGUGACCAUAACAAACACAUGCCCCUUCAGUGUUCGCUGCUUGCUCCUGCCUACAAAGCACGUACUCCAUUGCCAUGCCUGACCAGUGACUGUUUCACUGUAGUACAUGUCUGUUUCUGGCAAGGAGGAGAAAGGAGUUGAAAUUUUGUAUUUGCAAUUUGGGUUUCUGAAGGAAGAUGGGGCAUUAAACUUUCAUUAUCUCUUUGAGGACAAUGCCUAGAUUAACAGUAUUCCUAAACUCUUGACAGGUACUGGUUCAGCUCCUGGCCAUCCUCCAUUUGCAUAACCAAAGACCAAAGUCCUUACUCGUGCCUGGCUGGUAUGCGUAGGUUUCCUUGUAGUUCACUAUAGUAGGACUUGCCCUGCAAACAGUAUCUAAUGGCUCACCUAUAAUAAAACAUUCUAUUUUUAA